AAGAGCAGCCACUGUAGCUCCGACUAGACCUGUCUACAGACAGAGUGAGUCGAAAUGCGCACCACGCUCAUCUUCGUCGCCCUGGCUGCGUCCGCCCUUGCAGUGCCAACAGGUCUGCGAACGACGUGUGCAGACCACUGUACCGACCAUGACUUCUUUAAAUAUGAAACAGGCAAGAGCUAUGAGUACGACUACUCUGUGACCACCUCCACCGCCCUGCUGGGAACAUUCGAUGAUGACGCCCACAUGAGCAUCACUGCCAAGGUUCACAUUGAUGUCUCCGCUCCCUGCGAGUACUCACUCAGGCUGACAGAGGUCACCCUGGAUGGCUCCUCCCACACGGAGGAGUUCGCUGCCGCCAUCAGUAAGUCUCCCCUGCGCUUCUCAUUCCAAGAUGGCCGCGUGGAGAGCGUCUGCAGCGAGGUGACUGAGCCUGCUUGGGUCCUUAACUUCAAGCGAGGUGUUCUCUCGACCUUCCAGAACUCCAUGACUCAUGUGGGAAGACAGGAUGUUCAAGAGACCGACAUUUCUGGUGUCUGUAUGAGUAACUACAAAAGUAUACUCGAGGGCAACGUAAUGACCGUUGAGAAAGUCAAGGACCUCUCCUCCUGCACUGAGCGACCUGACCUCUCAGCCUACAUCGCUUCCAGCGGCUACCUCACCGACUCCCCCGUCCAGAGCCUCCCAAUCUUCAAGAGCACAAACAAAUGUAACCAGAGAAUAGAAGACGGGGUCCUCAGGAUGGCAGAGUGUGAAGAAACCCACAAGUUCCGUCCCUUCUCCAGUGAGGAAGGUGGUGCUGUGACCACCGCCAAGACCACCAUGUUACUUGUAUCUCAAGAGGAUCCAGCUGCUCCAACUGCCGACUAUGAAUCCAUCAGUAAAUCUCUGGUCUUCGAACAAACUACCGCCACCUCACCAGAGACGCAGGUUGAGGCCGUUGAGAAAAUUCUUAAUGAUUUAGAUGUGGCAGGACAUGGUGAGAUCCACCCCGAGACUCCCGCUCUCUUCUCCACUCUUGUGGCCUCCCUCAAAGGUCUUGAUUACCCAACCCUCAAAACUAUUUACACCAACACAGAAGAAAGCCAUUCCCGCAAGUUCCUGGUUGACGCCAUGCCUCUGGUGGGAACGGCCGCUGCUGUUAGCGUAAUCAAGGACAUGUUUGUCAGCGGGGAAAUCACAGAAACUGAAACAGACAUUUGGUUUACCUCACUUGCCUUCUUCAAAAAUCCAACUUCUGACAUGUUUACGGCGCUCGUUCCUCUGAUGGAGAACCCAAGUCAACAAGCAAUGUUGGGAGCCUCGGCUCUCGUGAACACCUACUGCAAAGUUCAUGCCGACUGUGAGAGUGAUGCAGGUGUCCAACAACUCCUACGAGCUAUUGAAUCACACCUUGGAUCUGGUUGUGCCACCAUCAAUGAAGCAGAAAAGAUUAAGGUUUUAGUCGCCUUAAAAGCCCUGGGUAACGCUGGACGUUGGGUUAACGCCAACCCUAUCUUACAACGUUGCUAUACCGAAGAUAAUGACAUGGAAGUUCGUGUUGCUGCAAUUGAAGCCUGGAGACACACUCCUUGUGAAUAUGACCGCUCUAACCUUCUGGAAGCCUUCCAAGAUGAGACUCGAGAUACUGAGGUUCGCAUUGCUGCUUACCUCGCUGUCAUGACCUGUCCAACACCAAGUUUCAUUGACACUAUCAAGGAUCGCCUUACCUCCGAAGGUGUCAACCAAGUUGGCUCCUUCAUCUGGACUCACAUGACCAACUUGCAAGAGUCAGCCGCCCCAGGUAAACAGUGGGUGCGUGAGUUGAUCGGCGAGGAACUCCUCCAGAAGAAGUUUAACACUGAAGCUCUUAAGUUCUCUCGUAACUACGAGUCUUCUUUCUUCAUGAAUGAACUGAACGCUGGAGCAGCUGUAGAGAGCAACGUCAUUUUCUCUAGCAAGUCCUUCCUGCCACGAUCAGCCAUGCUUAACCUCACUCUCGACCUCUUUGGUGAAUCUAUCAACCUCUUUGAGGUCGGUGGCCGCAUUGAAGGACUUGAGGCAUAUGUUGAACGCUUCUUUGGACCUUAUGGAUAUUUCCCACAAGAGACCGUAGAGGGAAUAAUUAAAACCAUGCGUCAACAGAAACCUGAUCCUGAAGCUACCACCUUAGAGGAAUUCCUCGACCAAGCAACUGAUGAGCCAGAAGGUUCCUAUUACCUCCGCGUCUUUGGCAAUGAACUACAUUACAAUCACUUCCAUGGUCUGGAGAACCUAAUGAAGACAUCUGGAGCUUCCAACCCACUAGAGAUUCUGAUGGAGCUUGCUCGUAAAGGUGAUGUUGAUUAUACAAAGUCUUACCAACUGAUGGAUGCUCAUUACACCAUCCCCACCGUGUCUGGCUUACCAGUGACACUCACUGCUAAAGGUACAGCUACUCUUGCCUUGAGAAUGAAUGGUAAUUUCAAGGCUCAAAGCCUCAAGAAUAUUAACAUUGAGGGUCACAUCCACCCUUCAGCGGCUGUACAAAUGGACGGCCUCAUGGUUGUUGAUGCACACGUCACCCGCACAGGAAUGAAGAUCUCCUCCACCCUCCACACUUCCACCUUCCUCGACGGUAAAGUCCAGAUCGAUGGAGGGAAGCUUGUUGACAUUGCCUUCAACACUCCCAAGGAAAAGAUUGAGGUUAUCGAUGUUAGCACCAAAUUCUUCUACCUGUCAGAUGACCAAGAGAUCCAGAAAGACGUAGAAAACAAGGUGGAGCACAAAGACUGUACCAGUGGAAUUAUUGGUGUUGCCAUGUGUGCUGGUCUUAGUUACACGCCAAGCUCUCCCAACAGCCCAAGUUUCCCUUAUACAGGACCUCUUGAUGCUCAUCUUUAUUUCAAGAAGACGGGCACUCAGACCGGCUACAUUUUACGCUUCACUAAUGUAGAUAACACAAUGUCUUUCCUGUUCGACACCCCAGAGUCUCAAGUAGACCACAAGAUGUCACUCACUCUCACAAAGUCUCAGCAAGCAAUUAACAUCGAUCUUUACACACCUUUUAAGACUGCCCAGGGUACUGGAGAGUAUAUAUGGGAAACACAUAACAAACACAUCAAGAUGGAAUUAACACUGAACAGCAAUGAAAAAUAUUCACUAGAAACAGGACUUAAAACAAUCGAAGACGGUAUAACCAAGUUCGAACCCUCUCUGGUGUUAACAUCUGCUAGUGGUGUUGUGGUCAAUGUUCAUGGCAGUUUUGGUGGUCAAAUUGGUCAUCAUGAAUCCUUCAUGUCCUCAAAGUUGGAUAUUGAGUACAGCCUAAGUGAUGCUAACACACAUAUGAUCCAUCACUCAGCUCUUGUCAAGAAAGAAGUUUCCGACACGAUGAGUACAUAUUCACUCCAGUUUGAACUGACUCCCACUCAGUUUGCUGACCUGACACUGAUGACUGACCACAAAACAAUCAUCUCUGCUGGACGUGUGGAAAGUAUCAGCAAGGUAACACACGGAACUACUGCCUGGAGUAUUGAGGAAAUUUACUCUUACACCAACGAAAAAGAUCACAGUGAAUUUGAUAUCUCCCUGGCGGUCAAAUGCCCACAGUGGAACAUUGACUACAUGGCAUUACAGAACGUUCAGCUGUACAGCAAUAAACUGAGGACGAAUUCCCAUGUUCGCAUUGGCUCAGGCAAUGAUUACGUCAUUGCCAUGGUCUACGAGAAGAUGGAAGAUGGCAGGCACAGCGCCCGGGUAAACGGUAGACUAGGAUUAGAGAGCUGUGAACUGAGAGGAAAUUUACUGAACAAAUCUAGACCAGGAAAAAUCGAUGCUAUCUUCGACGCUGCUUUGAAGUCUUCAGUCCAUGACGUCACGUUCACUGGUGCUAUUUCUGCUGAUGGCGAGAAAGCCACCACUGAGCUCAAGGCCACUUUGAACGGUCAAGAUUACACUUUGAUGCUCGAGGGCACACGCACUUCACUUCUUGUUGACAUCAAUGCAUUGAGACACAUCUUAUUUAACGCAUAUGUUAACACUGUUGAUGAAGCCAAAAAACUACACGUGAGUGCUGAAUGGGACAAGGACGUCGACCCAACAAAGGCAUUCAUUGUCGACGGACACAUCUCUCCUGUUGAAGUCUUGGCAAGCGUUAAGUUUACCGAGAGAGAAAUAGUGGCUUCUGGCAAGAUUGUUGAUAAUGGAGUAGAGUUGGCAGCCAUGUGGGCACCUGACAAGAGAGUUUUGGCCCAUGUUCAUUACUCACUCGACGACACCAAGUCUCUGGCCAUUACAGUAGAGACACCAUUCCAAGGAUGGGAAAAACAGGACGUUACAUUUACAGUCUCUCUCAAGGAUUAUGAAAUCACCAGUCGUGCUGCAGCUACCUGGAAGAACGCUGAACAGAUGGCACUUACAAUCAACGGCAAGUUCCAACCCGGUCUCUCCAACAAUGCGCUCAAGACCCAAAUACUCUUCAGCAGCAGCUUUGAAAAUUUCGAGCGCAUAACUUUCACUGUUGACCACACUAUGGCCGGUGCCACCAUUAACACCAACAUUGUGGGGCUGUGGAACAAAAAUGAAAUGAAGGGCAACUUCCAGCUCACUCCCAACGAAACUGGUGUUGAUGCAAGAGCCACUUUCAUCUCUCCCUUCACAGAGGAAGUUCUUGUUACUCUGCAUCACGAGUUACAUGACAUGGCAUUGACUACCAAGCUGGAGGCCAAAUACGGUGCUGAGACUUCCACCAUUACAAUGAAGGGCCACGUGGACCUCGGUGAUGUACACGACAUCACUCUUGUCGUUAAAGCAAUUACUCCUCUCGCUGCUUUCGAUGCUAAUAUCAAAUACACGUUGAAUGAAGAUAACAUUAAAAUCUUCGCUGAAGGUAAAGUGGGUGAGAAGCAAGUGUUGCUGAAUGUGAACGGCGAGAAAACAGUCACAGACGGUUCAACAGCUGUCUCAGGAGACUUGAAAUUUAUCACUCCUUUAACAUAUCCUUUAACCGCGACCUUCUCCCACAGUCAUGACGGACAACAAUUUACCUCCCAGUUGGAGAUGACCAGAAUAUGGUCAACAUUUGGCACCCUCAAGAUGCAUGCUGAAGGCCACAUGAUCUCCAAGAAUGACAUAGUAUUCACUGCCCAUAUAACCAGCCCUGCUAUAAAAGCAUCUCUUUCAUUUACUCACAAGAUUGAAGAUAAACAGAUGAAUUCAGCAGUUGAAGUUAUUGUUAACGGUGAGCGCAUUAAUAUCUCCGUCGGUGGCCUCUUGGACACUGUCAACACUCUAGCUAACCUUCAUGCCGAAGUCGUCUCUACCUUCAAGGGACUGAAUGACAUUAAGGUCAAUAUCGAGAGCAUGAGGACUGACAGCGCCUGGACCUCUGACGUCACAUUCAUAAAGGAUACCCUGUCUGUCCAUAUUAAUCAUAGCAUACAAUAUGACGACAUACUCAACUGGGAGAACAUAUUCUUUAUUAAUAAUAUGUAUAAGUUGAGAAACAAAAUGAGUCACGUUGAUACUGCUUAUACACAUCAGCUGGAGUACAUGUGGGGUGCUGAAAAUGUACAAGUUACAGCUACCAUUAACCCCAGGAUAUCGGAAAACUCCCGUCAGGUUGACGCACAAAUCAUCCUUGCAUCAUCAUGGACUGAAAAUAUGAAGGUUGAUCUUCACCACGAAGAUGAUGGCCGUGAGUAUAAACCUACUCUCAUAAUUGAAUAUAAACCAGGAAGCAUUAUCCAGCUUGACACCACCAUCAAGAUCGACUCCUCGUUCAUUUAUAUUGAAUCUUCUCUAACAACUCCCUUUUGGCAGCCUUUGGGAUAUAAACUUAAGGUUGACUUCCAGCCAAAACAGUCAAUUACUGCCGUCUUCAUUCGUGGGGCCAACAAGACCAAGAUCAAUGCUCAUGGAAACUGGGAAGAAGGAAAGAUGGGUGGUCAUCUUCAAGUACACUCUACAUAUCUUACUCAACCUAUUAUAGUGGAAGCGUCAUAUGACGUUAUCUCACCGGAAAAAAUGUUACAUGUAGCAGUCACUGCUCACGAGAGAUACGCAAUUACAGCAAGCUUCUCUGGUCAUAUGCAAGAGGCUAAGUGGUCUUUAGACACUGAGAUGCCAUUAGAGUUAGCCCACCAUGUAAAAUUCAGUGGCGAAUAUCAUAUCAUGACCAUGCCAUUAAGUUUCAAUUCUGUGCUCCAAAUCGACGCUAAGAAUUAUAUGGUUUCCUGUGAGAUACAGGAAAAGCAGUUCGUAUUCGACAUGGAUUUGGAGGGAAAGAAGGGAAAUUUAUCCGGUAAAUGGAAUUACCAAGGGAAUCAUGCCAACGUGGAAAUUAAAUUCAUCUCUCCGCUGACCGUCAUUGGUGACAUGAAUGUUGACUUAAUGUACGAUUUCCAGGCUGAAAAGAGAGUGAUUAUUAAGGUGAAUGAUGGUGCUGCAGAAGUGAACUUUACUGGGAUGCUCGCUGACCCUCUUGCUCCUAAAAUCAUCUUAGAAAUUACUACUCCAUUAGAAGCGUUCAAGACUCUAGGUGCUGAAGCCCAAUGGAAUUUGAAGGAAUCUGUGAAGACUGCUGAAGUAAAGGCUCAUCUCAAUGAUAAUCAAUACAACUGGCAACUGGAGGCUGCUGCCGAGAGUCUUCUCAAGGGUUACGCCACCUCCAAAAUUACCACUACUCAUACUGGCUGGACUGCUCUUAAUCUCAACGGAAGUUUCGACUUCACCGCCAUGCCAUACAAGGUAGCAUUUGUUUACGAUAAGGAAGGAGUUAUAAACACAUUCCAAGGCCAACUCUCCAUCGAUCAAAAUGCCGUCAAUGGCAAAAUCAUUACACCAAUUACUGGUUGGGAAGAAAUAGCACUCAGCGGUGACUACACUUAUGAGAACAAUCACCUCAUUGGCAACGUUGAGUUAGUUCAGGGAACUGAAACCUAUAAGGUUAACACCGAUAUUUUAUAUAAUUCUCAACCUAAACUCAAGCUGAACAUCAAAACUCCAAUUGCUUAUGUAAGCAACAUUGAGUUAGUUCUUGACUCAACCAUCGUUGACGCUGAAAGGAAUAUUCACAUGUCAUUCAUAAGAAAUGACAUUACUUAUUCUGUUCAACUAUCGACUCAGUUCAUCCAUAAAACCGGAUUUGUGAAGGUAAUGGCCAACUCUCCAAUCCCAGGUUACACUGUUGUUGAGAUUAACGCUAAAUAUGACUUCACCAAAGAUAUUAAAACAGCAGAGAUGGAUCUGAAGAUUGAAGGUGAAUCCCGCCACUUUUCUGUCAUCACUCAAGUCAAUGAUAACAACGUCCAUCUUGACAUCCAUACUCCAUUUGAAGGCUUUGAGACUGUCAAAAUGGUCGGUGAUUACACAGUUGUAGAUGGUCAACACAGCGUGAUCGCUACUCUGACAAAGGUCGAUCAGCUGUUUGAUUUCCACUUCGAUUUCUCCGUCAAAACAAAGGUUGUCUCCCUGAAGCUAUCAACCCCCAUAGCAGAAAUACAGGAUGUUCAGUUAACAGCUAAAUAUGAUAUCUUAGACACUGGCGUCGACUGUUUGGUGGACAUAAAGAGAAACGAAGACAAGAUCGGUCUCAACCUCCGUGCAGUUUUCACUCCUAUGAAAUCGAUCUUCCACGUGGCAGCUGAAACUCCCGUUGCUGGCUGGAAUAAACUCUCGUUGGACAUCAACUACGACCUAAUCUCUGAGAAGAAGACUGCCGAGAUCUCUGUUCAGAAAGACACAUUGAUAAACACCAUUAAAGGUGAAGGAAGCUACAACCUCCAGAGCGGUUCCUUCAAAGUUGAAACGCCUAUUGAUGGCUUUGAAGUUAUUGGUGCUCAAUAUUCCUUAUCUUUAGAUGAUAAACUGGAUGCCAGUAUUAAGAUCAUCAAAAACUCAGAAGAAUGGAUGUUCUCAGCCCAUGGUGAAUAUAACGAACACAACAUCAAGUUUGAGUUGGUUACUCCAUUUAGUAUCCUAAAGCUUCUGUCUGCGGCUGUGUCUUACAACUGUACUGCCACUAAUAAGGACAUCAAGGUAAAUAUAGCUUUUAAUGAGCAUAAUUACCAACUAACUGGAAUUGUCAACUUAAAUCCUACGAAAUCUGACUUCACCCUUACGGUCACUACGCCAAUCCCUAAUUACGAAAAUAUAUCAGUCAUGCUCAAAUAUGAUCUCGACAAUAAGGAUGAGUUGGUUGCCGUCCACAUUGCUGUUGGCGAACACGCGUACAACUUAUUAAUGGCUGGUUACAUCGAAGAAAAACUAGCGUACUUCAAAUCCGAACUGACAUCACCAUUCAUUGGAUGGACUGAUGUCAAGUUUGAAGCUAAAGCUGACUUUACUUCUGAGGACAAAACACUGGAAAUUUCUCUGGAGAAAGAUGCAAAUGUAAAGGCCAUUGCUAUCUCUGGAAAACUCAUCGGCAGUACGAUGGACGUUAACCUAAAGACGCCUAUCGUCGGUCUACAGAAUGUAAGACUGUUUAGUUCUCUGGACCGUACUAAAAGAUCUCUUCAGUUUAAUAUGAUGAGCGAUGCUGCAGAAGCUUCACUACUCACAAGCUUUAACUCUAUCAAGCUUCAUCUCAGAACUCCAUUUGAAAGAGCUGAGGAAAUCUCAUGGCAAAUCACUAAAGUCAACGAGGGAACUUAUAAGGCAGAGUGGAGAAGGAAUGAUAACUUCAUCAUUGUCUCGGUAGAAAAACAAGGCCGAAAAAAUGCCUUCAGCGUUGAAGUCCAAAGUGAACUUCAGGGAUGGGAAUUUAUGGCACUUGCAGGAAGACUGGAUGAGGAGACCCUAGAAGGAUAUGUUAGUGGAGCUGUUAAUGAAGAAAAGAUACUUGUUACCGGUUCAGGUAAAAUUGCUGACGUAGGAAAAGUGAAUCUUCACAUUGAAACACCUUCACAUCAGUACAGGACACUGGACGUAAACUUCCAAUAUAAUAUCAACCUCAUGAAAGCAAACAUGGAGUUAACCUCGUCUUCUCCUAACCUGCACUUAUCAUUACGAUACAACACUGUUCGAAACCCUCAACAAGGUAUCCUACUUUCUUCUUCAGGAAAAAUCACCAUAGUCUCCCCCUUUGUCAGCAUAAGGAACUUCCACCAUGAGUAUCACCUCCAGGUUGGACAAGUUACAACUGCUGACAGCACUAUGAAACUUAAUGAACAAGAAAUCUUCAAGCUGGAGUUGAAGGGCGACGUGUCUGCCAAGACGGCUCAUCUUGACAUUGAUGCUCACACUAGUGACUGUCACACAUCAAUUAACUAUCAGCUUCAGGAACUCUCCUCCAUGACCUUCAUGUUCAGACGCCAGGGAGUCUCAACUGAUAAACAGUUAAGAAUAGAAACAUCAGGAACAGGAAAUUUACCAUCUCAAGGCACAUUUGAUAUCACCAUUAAGAACACUUUCCCUCACACUCCAGUGACAACCAACAUCCAUGUUGACUUAGAUAGUGCGAGCGAGCGGAAACAUAUGACGAUCGAAGUAACUCUUCAACCAAGCAAAUUAUACAGAUUUGAAAUCGAUUAUGGUUAUGCUGCCAAAAUGGGCGACUUCAAUUUGAGAAUAACAACUCCUGACAGGAUGAUGUCUCCAUGGAAGCGCAUUUCUGGAAACUUUAACAUGCAGAACCAAGACGAUUCUUACCUUGAGAUCAAUUAUGGAGAAACGACCUAUACAGCUCGAGGGAAACUUGGCAUCUAUGACUCUGAUCUAAUGUUAAACUUGGCACCUACAGAAGAGGAAGUUAUUCUUCAAUGGAGAUUUUCACUGGAGGACAACGACUACUUCCUCAAGAUGGGACGGGAGUCGAAGUAUGCAAUGCUGAAACUCAAGGGCACAUAUAUUGAUAUUGCUAAUGUUAACAUAGAAGGCGGUUUCAAAGCUGGACCUCUUAUGGAAAAUGAACUACUCUUUACAUCCAAAUGGAACAUGGCAAAUGCCGGAGUCUUCACCGCUGAAGGAACAUUCAAUUAUGGACAGUACCAUGGCCAGCACCAUCUUGAAGAAUUCACGCGCAACGCUGCAACUAGAUCUGCAACAUUUGCAUGGACUGCAACCUCUAAUAUUUCUGGUUUCAACUCACUCUCUUUGUCUGGAAAUUACGACUUUAAUAACAAGUUUGUUAUUUAUGGUCUCAUCAGGUCAGAGGACCAAGAGUCCAAAAUUGAUAUUAAUCUCGCUGAACUCUACCCGGAGUAUUCUCACAACACAGUGGAACUCAAGUUCACAGCUCUUCCACGACGAUACAGAUCUAUGCAGUUCACACUUAGUCAUGACUUCAGGGACACAGCAAACAAACACGUAUCAGCUAUUGCAAAGCUUGGUAAUAGGGAAUAUUUCGUUAAAGCAAACUGGAAUCGAAGUGAAAACUUUAAUGUCCUAAAUGGAAACAUCGAUAUCCAAGUACAUAAUGUUGGUAAUAUCCAAAUAACAAUGAACUUUGAUGUUUCUAACAUCGAUAAUGCUCACGCAGAGGUACGAUACUCCAGAGUUUCCCCUACGAGCCAAACUAACUCUCUAAAUAUGAAGUGGACCAGGAAGACAACUUCUAAUCAUUUUGAAAGUGAACUUGCCCUAGACUCUACCUUCAACAUGCUCUCCCAUGCCCGACUAUAUGUUAAUGCCGAAUAUAGCAACGAUUUCCAACUAUCUUCUGGCUUGGAAUGGAACGAAAAGAUGAUAACAUUCAUUUUCGAUAUGAAUCAAGAUGGGGUCUCAACUAAGCUUACCACACCAUUCGAACAUUUUGAAUCCAUUGAUGCAAAGGCUACCUACAGCCUCUCUGGCAAGACUAAGAAGGUCACACUACAAUAUGAACGAGGCAACAACAAAGUUGAUAUGUCAUUCACGCUCAAAGCCACGACCCUGAAGAAAGGAAACUUGGAAUUAAUACUAACAACACCAUUUGAAGUACUCAAGAACUUGAGCAUCAAUGCCAGUUGGAAAAAUAAGAGUGCCAAGCUUGAUAUUACAAGAAACGGCACUGAAUACAAUAUUAUUAAUGGUACAGUUGACAUGAAGGCUAGUAAGUCAUCAUUUGAUCUAGCUUUCACAAUUCCAGGAUGGGAAGCUAUCAGGUUUGCUGCUUCUUAUGAUGUACAAGACUUCCUUGAAGGAUCAACAUCUAAUGAUAAGGAAAUAGCUAGUCUUCUCAUUGACUUUGAUGGUAAUACACUCAACUUCAAUGUCCAUGGCUACCGUAAUAGUGAAAGACUAUAUCUUGAGCUUGAUGGCAAUACUUCCUUUGACAAACUUAAAAUCUUCCACUUUAAAAUGGGUUCAAAACUCAAUACCGAAUCUUUUGAAGGUGAAUUUGAAGUGAAGUUAAAUGAAUUUGAGUUCAAGUCGAAUAAUCUUUACGAGAAACGUGGUUCAAAUGGCUACUAUAUCAAGACCAUGAUGGAGAGCACUCUUACCCCCCUGCCAUCUUUAACUAUUGGCAUCGGUCGUAACGGAGCAGAGCGUACGGUCACUGUAGGAUACGGUGAAGACAGAGAAAUUACUUUCUCCGUCCAGGGAAAGAAUAAUUAUAAAUCUGGAUUCUUUGGCACAUUCGACAUUCCUAACUAUGGCUAUGAAGGAGUUCGUUAUGAUGUGACCUAUGGAUUCGAGAGUGACGAUCAACUUCAAAUCAGCUUUGAUGUUGAACUGGGCCAAAAUGGCGAGAAAAUAGAAGCAGAGUUUGUUUAUGAUUCAGAGGGUGUUAAGGCCCGCCUGACUUCUCCCUUCACCGGUCAACAUACAAUGCGUGUCCGACGAUCAGUUUCUGAACAGAGUUUCUCCGCCUUUGCUGGUUACAAUGACUACAACUUGGCACUCCGAGGUGGCUUCAAGGAUGAGGAUACUAAACGCGGCGCAGUGUUAGAAGGAGAUAUAUUUGGCAACAAGUUCCUCAUCGACUUCCUCUUCCAGUCAGAAGGGAUGCAGUACUCUGAGGGAAAGCUUAUUAUUCACACACCAUUCCGUGGUAUGGAAAACAUGGGAGGUUUAUUCACACUUUCUAAUGUAGACAACAAAAUUAUGGCUCAUGUUGAAGUGCUCCUUCCCUCAUAUACAACACCAAAAAUAACUGGCGAAGUUAACUUAGAUCUUAACGAGAAACUUGAAGGCUUUGUUACUCUUGAUGUAGCUGGUGAGAAGUUUAUCUUACAGAGUAAACUUAUUGGUCUAUCACUUAGUGAAGGAUACGAGGGAACUCUGCAACUAACCACACCCUUCCAUGCUCUGCCACAUCUUCUAUUAAAUGUCUCCAUCAAAAUGGUAGAUUGGUCUUCAUUAGUGGCUAAAUUUACUGUCAAUGAAAAUACCAUUAUUGCCCAAUACACCAUGGGCGAGUCUACCUUCAAAUUCAACCUAGAUACUAUGGUGGAAACAGUACAUCGCCAACUUUCUCUUGAAGCUGUUUAUCCAUCUCUGGAAAACUUGGAAGGCGUUCUAAUUGUUGUUAAUGGAGAUGAGGUCCACAAGCUCAGGGGAAAUUUCAAUAUAAUUAGUAACCGCGUUCAGGGAGGAAUGGAGUUGGAGUCCCCUCUAACUACAGUAACACUGAAGCUCAACUUUGAUAUUGCAAUCCCAAAUGCUUCUUAUGACCAUAUCAUCUUCAAUGUCUCCCUGACCACUUCUGAGACUUACUCCCUGUUCUUUGAACUGGAUACAACGACUGGCGUUCUUGUAACUGUGAAGAUCGACACCCCUGUCCUCCCCAAAUUGAAGGCCACUUUACAACUUGCAGCAGCACAAGCAGCACUGAAGAUUGAGACUCCUCAAGGGGUCCACGAGAUUCAUGUAACUUGGCGUCUGACAAUGGACUUGCCAGUCGACUGGUUGGCUACGCUUCACCUGGUCUCUCCCCUUCUUACAGAAGAAUAUGCUAUCACGCUCAUGCUCAAUGGUGAAAAAGCGAAUAUGAUGUUAAAAGGUGACCUACAAGUGGGAGGUGUAAAGCACGCCAUCGAAGGUAAGAGCGUCAUGACAGACACUAGUGGAGAACUUUCCCUCAACAUAGAAACUCCGUAUAAAAGCAUUAACAGACUGGCUCUUGCGGCUUCUAUGAGCUUUGGCGAAAAGAUCGAAAUGCACAUCAAUGGAACACAAGCCGACAACGUCAACACCCUGGAUGUGAUCUUUGACACAAUAAACAAGAGUUUUAGGGCUAUGGUAAGUUCUCCUUUGAUUCCCACAGGUCAAGUGAGCAUUGAGGCUCUCCUUACUGGCAAUAUGGGCACUAAAAUGAAGCUCAAGAUGGCCCUCAAGUACGGUGACAACACCAUUUCUGGAGUUCUUAUCGUCAAACUUUUGUCUCCUGAGAAUAUGAGCACCAUCCUUAAGAUCACAACGCCCUUCAAGGGCUAUAAGCAGAUGAACUUCGUUGCCCGCUAUUUGAAGGACGAAGUCACCAAUAUUGUGCUCAGCCUUGAUAAGCCACUCAGGAUCAAUGUUGAACUCCACUUGAGUAACAAACACGAUACAAUUAUGGCUGACAUGAAAAUAGAAACCGCAAUUGAAAACUUUGAGAUGAUUAAGGCAAAGGUUGAGAUUCCCCUCAGUGUGUUUGCCCCAAGUGUGUUAGUUAAUGUAGACUUUGAUGAUACUUCCUUCGGAGCUAAUCUGGGUCUGAGGACCAAGGCACCUUACGAGCUGGCUUUGGGCUGCCACGCCACCGAUGUGUUCAGCGGCAAAUUCCACCUCAGGAUGGACUCUUCAUUCCUUUCUGUUUUGGCAUAGUGAACAUUUGUUUUAACUUGCUGCUUUAUAACGGAUUUCUUAUAUAUUGCUUUUAAUGUGCUAUUAUUCUAGAUCAUCUACGCAUUAGAUAAAUGUAGAUAAUGUUUCAUUUCUUAAAUUUAAUGUAAAAAUGGCUACGUUUCACCUCUACAUGACUAAUAAACUUAUAAUGUAUGAAUCAGCAAUAAAAACAUAUUGAACUUA